AUCAUAUUUAAUUUUUUUUAAUAAAAAUGGGAAGGAGGGAGUAUAAAACCUGAAACGUCAAGGGUGCGGAGUAUGAAAUUUGGUCAAGUAUUGGGUUAUGGAUCGACGUAUUUCGGCGGCGGCGAAGAAUGAGUAUCCGAUAUCUGGGUUGGUACCUGGCUUUAGGUUUCAUCCAACAGAUGAAGAGCUUGUGGGGUUUUAUUUAAGGAGCAGGUUUUGUGGGAAGCAGUUUGAGAUUCAAAUUCUUAAAGAAAUUGAUGUUUAUAAGCAUGAACCUUGGGAUCUUCCAGGUCAUUCUUUGCUGGGUGGUAUAGAUGAGUGGUACUUUUUCAGCCCCGUUGAUAUGAACUAUGGUAAUAGGUCCCGAACGAAUCGCACCACUCAAGCAGGGUUUUGGAAACCAACCGGGAAGGAUUGCUGUGUACGUCACAUGGGAGAGACUAUUGGGAUGAAAAAAACGUUAGUCUUUCAUCAUGGCGGACCUCCAUAUGGCAUACGAACCAACUGGACAAUGCAUGAGUAUAGACUUGUCGACACUGAACUACAGCAAGCAGGAGUAACACAGAAAAAGGAUGCAUUUGUGCUCUGCAGAAUUUUUAAGAAAAGUGGCUUAGGAGCACCAAAUGGGGAUCUGGAAGAUCUAUUCAUUGAGGAGGAAUGGCAAGAGGGUGCAACACUUAUGGUUCCUGGGGGAGAGGCUGAGGAAGAUGUGGGCCAUGUCGCUAAUGUUUCUGACGGAAGGACCGGGGGAAACGAUAUUGACCAGCAGGGUCUUAAUGUGGGAGCAGAACAAAGAACCACAUGCUUAGAAGAAACUUCAGUAGAAGGGAACAAACAUGAAAAUGAAAUUAAUUUCGAGGUUCUUAGCGAGCAUUUUGGUAAAUCAUUGGAAGAUGCAGCAAACAGCUUUCAUGUCGGUCCACAUUCAAACGCAUAUGUAGAAGUCAUGGUAUUAAAAGGUGGCAAAGUGGCAAGAGUAGGAUGGGCAUUCAGAGUUCCUCUAAGCUCCGGAGUGUAAAUAAUAAGGAACCGAGUAAAACUAAUUAUGUUUAUCCAGGCAUUCCCCCUUUACAGGAAAUAGCUAUUGUUGCUGACACAAGCCAAGACAUAAAUAAGAUAGAUGUGAAGGCAACCUAUAAUGGAGUUGCUAUUAGGUUUGAGCUGCCUAAUUCUUCCGGAAUGGCAGAGUUGGAGGACAAUGUGAUUGAAAGGCUAAAUUUGGAGAGAGGCACAUUUAGCAUAAAGUAUAAAGAUGAAGAGGGGGACUGGGUUUUAAUUGCUUGUGACAAAGAUGUGCAAAAAUGUAUAGAAAUUUCAAGAUCAUUGAGAGAAACAAUAAUUAAGAUGUUGGUUGAUCUGCCGGUUAGCCGUGCACCUUGACACCAGAUGGUCUGUUUUUAUAUAUAAUUCUGUAUCUUCUGAGAAAUAUGGAUUCAUAUAUCAUGCAUUUUCGCCGUAAUUUGCUAAUGGUCAUUUUGAUACCUCA